GAGCAGCUAAUGAACGUAGCUUUUCAAAAUAACGGGAAAAGAACAAGUCAUGGAGCAAAUGACUGCUCAUACUAUUUUAGGUUAUUAAUACGGGGCUGUUGUUCAGCUUGUUUUCAAUCAAGUGUAGCUGAUACACUCAUAAUGCAUGUCCAAAAGAACAGAUGAAGUCUUGUCCUCUCUUUCAGGCAUAUUCCACGUAAGAAAAAAAGAAGAAUCAGGAAAAUCAAAUGAGUCCUGUCGACAACCCACCGAGACAGCAGUGUGACGUGCACCAGGUGGUCUGUGCCACUGUAUCCAGUCUGGAGAAGUGUGCUGCCUGUGUGGGGCCUGUUGCAGCCUUCAAGUGGCAGGGAUACAAAUGCAAAACUUGUUUAAACGCCUGGCAUAAAAUAUGCCUCAGACGAACAAAGACAGACUUCGUCCAUGUGUCAGAGGUACAGUUUGAUGAUGGUUCUGUAGAUGAGCAGUUGCCAGGCAAUGGACCACCACAAAACAUAUCUGAGGAUGACACCGGUCAGUCUGAUGCAGACUUUGUGCCAGACUCUGCGGAAGAAUCUGAAGAUGACAUUCCAGUCAUUUCACCAUCAAAGAAAUUUAAAAAAGCAUUUGCAGAACUAGUUAAUGACCUCAUCAGAACAGAUGAGAGCACCUCAGAUAGGCCCGGGUCCUCUAAAGAUCUGUUGCCUCCUGAAGACCCUGACAGUCCACCACCGAGACCAAACCUGAGUGAAGAAGUGAGUGGAGCAGAGCAAGUGGAAGAAACGACUGCAGCGACGCUAAGUUCUAAAAACUCCUGCUUCAUUUGUGGAAAGUCAGUGAGAAAGAUGGCCCGUCAUCUGCAAACCCACUCAAGCAACUUAGAAGUUUCACAUGCUUUUUCAUUUCCCCCACACUCAAAAGAACGUAAAAAAGUAUUGGACAUGUUGAGGAACAGGGGCAACUUCCAACACAACACAGAGGUUCUACAAACUGGGAAGGGAGAGCUGAAAAUCAAAAGAAAGCCAGAUGGUGACCCAGUGAGAGAAAAAUUUAUCCACUGCAUCUAUUGCCAAGGCAUGUUUGUUCGGAAACAUCUGUGGAGACAUGUAAAGCGAUGUGCCCGUAAGCCAGAGGAUGAAGAACAACGGCCUGGGAGAAGACGAGUACUCGGUACUGCUGCCUCGCUGGAGUCUGCAUCCCAGCAACAGGUCUCCACUGGAGUAUGGAAGCUGUUAACUGCCAUGAACCAGGAUGAGGUCGCCUCAGUUGUGCGUAACGACUUGACCAUCGUUCAGUUCGCACAAUCCCUGGUCAACAAACAUGGACAAGACGCAACAAAAAAUGAAUACAUGAGGCAAAAACUCAGAGAAGUUGGCCGUCUGCUGCUGUGCCUACAGAAGGACUUCUCGGUGGCAAACAUGGAGGACGCCGUAAAACCACCAAACUUCCCAAAGGUUCUCAACGCAGUGAAAAAAGUCUCUGGGUAUCAGGAGCAAAACAACACAUACAGCACACCGAGUCUUGCGUUAAAAUUAGGACACACACUACACAAAAUUGCAGAUAUCGUUCAUUGCAGGGCUCUUGUGGCAGAAGACGAAGCGCUAAUGAAGUCCACUGAUAUGUUCAAGAAGCUGUACACCUCAAAGUGGUCUGAGGUCAUCUCACAUGGGGCCUUGACUACUUUAAGUGAUGCCAAGUACAAUAAGCCCUCCACUUUGCCCUUCACAGAAGAUGUCAAGUUGCUUCAUGGCUACUUGGAAAGGAAUGUGUCAACUGGUGUCAGUAAACUGAAAGAGGUGGCCUCCUGCCAGCACUACAGUGCACUUGCACAGAUCUUGCUGGCCCAAAUCAUCGUCUUCAACCGAAGACGUGCAGGGGAGGUCUCAAAGAUGCUGGUGGAGAGUUUUGAGAGUCGGGAUGAUCAUGAACUGCAUGAGGAUGUGGCACUGGGUUUGUCCAAGCUUGAACAGAGGCUCUGUAGCUACUUCUCCAGAGUGGAGAUCAAAGGGAAACGGGGUCGAAAGGUGGCAGUCCUCCUGACACCAAAAAUGGUCGAUGGCCUUUCUCUGCUUGUGAGCAAACGAGUAGAGUGCCACGUUUGUGCCUCAAAUGCAUUUCUGUUUGCCCGACCGAAAGCCAUGAGCCACUACCGUGGGCAAGAUGCACUCCGUGUUUGUGCUAAUCUAUGUGGCGCGAAGCACCCAGAGCACCUGAGAUCGACUCAGCUCAGGAAGCAUGUGGCGACACUCUCUCAAGUGCUCAACUUGAAGCACAACGAACUGGAUCAAGUUGCCGAUUUCCUGGGUCAUGACAUCCGUGUGCACCGUGACUUCUACAGGCUGCCCGUGCCGACAACUCAGCUGGCCAAGAUUUCCAAGUUGCUGCUCACUCUAGAGAAGGGAACGCUGUCCAAGAUUCAAGAGUCUGGAUGACAUUGAAAUCCAAGAUGAACUAGACACCAGUGACACCGAGGAGAUGGACGGUGGCAGUGACUCUGGUGAUGAGGCACAAGUGUCCGGUUCAGGAAGCAGCACCAGCAAAUGCAUGGAUGCUGCGCCAGAGUGUUCAGCCACAGAACAAGUUGGCGACACAGAGGACUUCAAUGAAGCACUGGCUCCAGUGACAUCCAGUGUACAAGGGCCAACCCCUGUGUGUGGAGGUGAGGCCAGGCUGACAUCAUGUUGAGGCAAUAUGCUCCACGCUGCAGAGCACUUGCCCUGUCUUCGUCAUCCUUCCACUCCUUCAACACGUCCAUGAGUUUCAGGCACUCUUCCCUCCGCUCAGCACUUCAGGUCCUCCAGUCCUCUUGCCUGAUCUCUGAUCAGGAAACUUUUUCUUUUUCCUCCUUCUUAUUCAUUCACCACCAAGCAGGAGGAUGACUCCUCUGAUCAUCCUUAUCGAGCUCUUAGGGCCUCAACCUCCAUCCAUGAAUGUUCACCAUGUCAUCUUGCACUCAUCCUUUAGUCCCUUCACCUUUAACUCCAGUCAGAACCCGACUCUGCUGCGGAACCAGACUCCGCUCAAACAAGGUCCAGACGGGUGAAGAAGAAGCCCUGGUCAAAGACUGAGGUGGCAGCAGUCAUGCGUCACUUCAGGAAACACAUUGAAGCCGGGAAACUGGCCGGUAAAGAUGAAUGCAGCCAGUGCAAACUGGCAGAGGCCCCACUGUUGGACCACCGGUCGGUUCAAAACAUCCGGGACUUCGUGAGAAACAGAGGGGUGACUGCAAAGAGGCAGGCCAAGAAAAAAUAACACCUUCAUUGGAUAUGUUCAUGCACUUACCUGCUUUGGGUUUUGUUCUUAGGACCAGUUCAAGGUCAUAAGUGGCUGCAGGUUUUCGUUCCAACCCAUCAAGCACACACAGGUGAACCGAUCAGGCUGAUGACAGUCCUCUGACACCUGACAGGUGAAGCCAUGUGUGCCAGGUGAGUUGGAACAAAAACCUGCAGCCCUUCAGGACCAGUUUGGACUCCCCUCUCAUAAGCUGUGUUGUAAGCACUCAUACACUCAUACAUCAAUGUUCUGCUCACAAUCACAUGACAGGACUGGAAUGUGAUGGUGAGGACAUGGAUCUGUGUUCGCUGUUCAGUUCCAGCCCCGGUGCUGCAUUAAAACAAAUGUCCCUCUAAGUCCUUAACUUGUGUGUAUUUUAUGUAAAUUAGAGGCGGGGUUUAGUUGAACUUUAAAGUCCUCAUAUUGCUGUUUAGGGUCCCCCUAAUGUACGUCCUCUAAAGCCACAACCCCAUCAGGUGGCUGUGUAUCAGCCUGUGAAGAGUGUAUCCGAACACCAGUGGGAGCAGAAUUUUUGUUAGAUUUUUAGAAGCUGUUCUGUCAUUGGCUGAGAGCUGUAGCACCUCAGGAAAGGGUAGUCCCCUUAAACCACCACUGGGCCUGUUUGGAGAAAAUGUCCUUCUGAAUCACAAAAACGCGUAUGUGUGUGUGUGUGUGUGUGUGUGUGUGUGUGUUUGCCGCACGGCUGCGCGGCCCGUCCAUCACUGUCACGCCACAGAAAGACAA